AUGGACAUCUCUCGAGUUAUCAAACCAUGGAAACUCCAUCCUCAGCGGACAUUGGUCUUUGUGAAUGCAACGAUAAUCGAUCCUUCUCAGGGCGAGCUGAUCCACAAUGCCACAGUCCGGAUCUCAGAUGGGAAGAUCACCCAGAUCGUCACCGAUGGCUCAAUUACAGCGACAGAAGAUGUUCCAGGAGAUAAUGUCAUUGAUCUGACUGGAAAGUACCUAUGCCCCGGCUUGAUCGACUGCCACGUUCAUAUCGCAGUGGUCCCAGGCGAAGCCGAUCUCCGUGCCUACAAAGACAUGACCGAGCGCAUCAGUCUUCUCCGACAGCCACUCGUCCUCAAAUCCAUGCUAGAACGUGGCUUUACCUCAAUCCGAGACUGCGGGGGCGCAAGUCUAGCAAUCAAGGAAGCUGUUGAGGAUAGAGUCUUCCCCGGACCUCGUCUCUUCAUCGCUGGAUAUGCCCUCUCCCAGACUGGCGGGCAUGGUGAUAUGCGUGGCCCUCACGAUGCCCAGCUUUGCUGCGGAGGCUCGCUGUCUGGAAUUAGCAGGAUCGUCGAUGGCCCUGCGGAGUGCUAUAAAUAUGCCCGUGCGGAAUUGCGCCAGGGAGCAGACUUUAUCAAGAUUAUGGGAGGUGGAGGUGUUGCAAGUCCCACGGACCGCAUAGAGCAUGUCCAGUUUUCAGAUGAGGAGAUCAAGGCUAUUGUCACUGUCGCGCGCAACGCUGGCACCUAUGUCACGAGUCACAGCUAUACACCGCAGGCAAUUCAACAGGCUAUCAAGCUUGGAGUCCGCGGCAUUGAGCAUGGAAACCUCAUUGAUCUUGAAACUGCAAAUAUGAUGGCUGAGAUGGACGUGUUCCUAACACCUACGCUUAUUGCACAUGUCAUGUCCAAGCAGUUGAAUUUCUUACCUCCUGAUGGUGCUGCUAAGAACGACGAGGUUCUUGAGAAGGGGCUUAAGGCGAUGAAGAUAGCGGUUGAGGCUGGUGUGACUGUUUGCUUUGGUAGUGAUCUUCUUGGUCCGAUGCAUUUUGCUCAGAGUAAGGAGUUCUCGGUCCGCAGUAAGGUCUUGAGCCCUUUACAAAUUCUGCGCAGUGCUACUGUCAAUGCUGCUCGUUUGAUUAUGCAGGAGGAUCGACUUGGUCAGAUUCGGGAGGGAUUUGCUGCUGAUUUGUUGAUUUUGAAUGAGAAUCCGUUGGAGGAUAUUACUGUUUUGGAUAGAGUGGAGGAGCACAUGAUGGGUGUGAUUAAGGAUGGCAGAGUCUCUACUUCGCGGUGGGAGGCUCUCAGGGUGGAUGAUUGA